AAAACAACAUGACUGAUAACUACAAUACAUCGCCCGGUUUAAUAUUUGAGAAUAAUUAUCAGUUAGAUGAAGACGAUGUUCGUUUAUUUAAUAGUUUAAUAAAUUAUGACACUGAAGAAGAAUUUAUAGCAGAAGAACCCCUUAUACAAGUAAAUAAUAAACAAAGAUCAUUACGUAAUAAUAUAAAUGGUGUUAAUGAUAAUGAUACAAGAAAAUAUAUAUUACAAGUUGUUGAACAACCAUAUCAAUGUCGUAUGUCUGGUGUUGGUGAUGAUAAAGAUAGAAGGCCUAUAGAUCCUGCUCCUAUUGUAAAGUUAACAGUCGUAGAUAAAGAAGAUAUUGAAUGUCCAUUUUAUAUACUUCAUGUUACACUUUGGUCAACAAAUAUGAAAAUACAAUAUGAUGUCUUGAGAAGUCUAGUAUCAGAUACGCCCUUUAAAGUUUUAAUUGGUUCACUUGUUAGUUCACCUUCCCUUUUAAAAGAUUUAGAUAAUGAAAAGGCUUACUAUUUUGCUUUUCCUGAUCUGUCAGUUCGUACUACAGGUCAAUAUUGCUUAAAGUUUAGUUUGAUUCAUUUAAUAAGGUAUAUCACAUUGUCAUAUAUUACUAACUUUAAUAAUGAACACGCAUAUACACACAUAAACACACAUACACACAUACAUUUGCAUAUACAGAAAUAAAGUGAUCCGUGAAGUCUUUUCGGAGCCAUUUACUGUUUAUACAGCAAAAGGAUACCCAGGAAUGAAAGAAUCAAGUCAAUUAUCACGUCAUUUAGCAAAACAAGGUUUAAAGUUAACAAUCCGUACACAACUUAGAUCAAAGAAAAAAUAAAAAAAAAGUAUUCAUGUGUAGUACAUAAAUAAAUUAUAUGAGAUAAAAUUAAUUCUUUAUUUUCUCUAUAAUCAUUUGACGCACCUUCUUCGGUAAAUGUCAUAAUAUUCAACUCUUCAUUGCCAUACUCAUAAGUUAUCAAAGCUUACUCAUACUAGUAAAAAAAAAAAAAAAAAAAAAAAAAAAAA